AGGCUCUCAGUUCGACUAAUCAGAUCAUUGUGGACAAAUUGGGCAUUGAUGAUUAACCAAUACUUUAUGUCAGAGGCGGGCCUUUUGCCACAGCCUCGGUUCAUAUCUGCAGGGAACAUACAGUCAUUGUUCUAAAAUCUGCUUUGUUUCAAAAAUUCUUUCCAGCACUCGGAUACAUUUAUAGUCAAACAUUUCUGAAAUGUUCAGUGACGGGAAUCCUGCUCUGAGCCACAUACAAUUCUUCACAAAGGAUAGGAAACAUGUGCUCUUGACUUAUUAAUUAAACUAUAGUUAAAAACUAAUUAUCAUCUUUCUUAUCCUACUUUAAACCCGACAUAACAGCAAAUAUACCCAAAACUGUGGAUUUUUUCACGUGUUAACCCACCUAAUGAAGGAAAAGAAAAAAAUCAAAAACCAACCUGCUGUAAUGACCUAAUGUUUUAGGACAGAUUAUAGGUUUUCGUGUCCAACAGCUGAUAAAGAGCUGAGGGGGUUGCGCCCAUUUUCAAACCGUCGUGGAAACUGAACGGACACAGAAAAGCUCCAAUGGCUCCUCGAUACGCUCCGAGUCUGCGCUCCCGUCUGGGCCCUUUGUUGUUGUUUUUGCAGACAGGAUUCAUCCUCAUAUACGCGUUUUAUUUUGAAAUCCAAGAUAACGUUGUGGUAGAUGAAGCCAUUUUCAGAGAUGCGUAUGCAGAAUUCCAGGAUGUGAACGUGAUGGUGGUUCUAGGCUUUGGAUUCCUGUGCACCUUUCUGGUGCGUCACGGUUUCAGCAGCUCCGGGUUCAACCUUCUUGUUGCUGCCGUAGCAACCCAGUGGGCACUCGUGUUAAUCGGCCUUGAGUCCUGGUAUGACAGAGGAAAGAUUCCUCUAGAUCUCAGAAGUGUUUUGGUUGCUGAGAUGUGUGCAGCUUCUGCCCUCAUCUCAAUGGGAGCCGUGAUGGGGAAAGCCAACCCAGUUCAGCUUGUUCUUUUGGCCCUGCUGGAGGUCUCAGGGUUCGUCCUGAAUGAACGGCUCCUCCAGGGUCUCCUUAAAGUCCGACCCCUGAAAGGCAUCAUGCUGCUCCACAUCUUUGGGGCCUUCUUUGGACUCACGCUGACAUGGAUCCUGUACCGCAAAGGCUCAGAGGGAGGAUUUGAAAAGGAGAAAUUUGACAAAAAAUCGGGGCUGUUCUCCAUGUUGGGAAGUGUGUUUCUCUGGAUGUUCUGGCCCACUUUUAACUCAGUGCUUGUGGAUGAUCGUUUCCCUGGGAGGAAGCUGGGGGCUGUGUACAGCACAUACCUGGCCCUUGCCGUCAGUGCCGUGACAGCGGCUUCUGUGUCUGUGCUCUCCUGUCCCAGAGGAAAACUUAACCUGAUCCAAAUGCAGUCAUGCAUCCUUGCUGGUGGUGUUGCUGUCGGGGUGUCCAUGUCUGCAGUCCAUCAGCCCUGGGAAGCCAUGGCAAUUGGAUUCGCUGCAGCUGUUCUGUCAGCCACUGGAUUCAAAUAUCUUAAGAGCCAUAUGCUUCUUGCAUUUCAUUGCCAUGACACCGCCGCUAUCUUGAGUACACAUGGACUCCCAGGUCUCCUAGGAUGGUUUGCGCAUCUCAUCCUGCAGAUUAAAGACUGUGGUGACCACACAGUGGCUAUCCGCUUUGCAGUUUUUCACAUUUGCACUCUCCUCGUCACCAUUACAGUAAGCCUGACCAUGGGAACACUGACAGGAUUUCUGCUCAGGCUGAACGUCUGGAGGCCUCCUCAAAACAGGAAGUGCUUCGAUGAUCAAGCUUUCUGGGAGGUAAGCGGUCGUGGCAUCUUUUCUCAAUUGAAGAAGUCAGGGAGGGUGCUUACAUGCACAACACAUUCCAAACGUGUUGCAGCAAUAGAAGUAUUCCUUCUUUUGAGCAUAUUUAAAAUAAUGAGUUUAUGAAGGACUCAAAUCUAGAAACAAAAAGAUUACGGUCAUGUUAAUGAAGUCAUGACAUCACCAUUCAUCUCCACAUUCAUCUGGAGUUUGAGUUAGAAUAGAUGCACAAGUUUAACUCAGUAAAUCUCAACUGUUUGGAAAAAGACAAUUCAACUACUUUGUGCUUUUUCCACUGUUUUCUAACCAUCAACUGUACAUGAGAGCUGGACUGAGUAACUCCUACCCCCUGGCGUUCCAAACAGGAAGUACCCUCAGGCUCCAACACGCCAAAACCAUAUAGACUUUUAUACAGAAAUAAACAGCCAUUAUAUUUGUCAGAAUAACUAUUCUCGCUCUGCUACCUUUUUUUUAAACAUGUUUAUUGCCAAGCCUAUUUUUUUCUGUUGUGCAGUUUAAGUUAUGAUAAAAGUAAGUGGCCUCAUGUUGAAUAUGUGAAGUGUUUUGACAGCUAUCAGUGGAAGGAGUGUAAACUCACCCCUGAUUGGCUUGUGUGGUUGCCAUAGAGAUGUUGGCUCAGACCAAUCACUACUUACUGAUGUCUGUAUCACGAAAAAAAUGGCAACUGAAUUGACUUCAUUUGAUGGAGCUGGAAGUGAACCAUUUCUAUGGGUGACAUCACGCUCACUCGGUCCAGUUCUUCUAUACAGUCAAUGGUUCCAAGUGGGAAACAUGCAGAACUUUAGCAUCUAUAUCUGCACGCGUUGUGACUUAUCCUGAGCUUGGUUAAUCCUGAGCUAAAAUAUUCAGAAAAUACUAUUAAAAUCUGAGUGUCAUAUGAGGAUAGAAGCUUAUUAGGCUUAAAAUGUUAAUAAUGGCAUGAUGCAUGAUAAUCAAUAGAGGUUUUAGAGAUGCACUGCGCUUACAAAUACUUGGAAUCCUAAAAUUUCAUUGUCUGUUUUCCAGUUUCCUCAUCUUGCAGUGCGCAAGUAAGAAGACAGAGGAAGAAGUUACAAAGUGACUCAUCUCUGCCUCAAAUCUCAUCAAGUUCAUGGGUCUUUUAAAGAUUUUGAUUGUGAAUAAGAAGAAAAACAGAAAAAUAAGGCUGGACAGUAGAAAGAUUGAUGUCAGUUUUUUUUUUAUGCCAUCGUUCUCAGAAAAUGACCUGAUGUUUUGGACAUGGCACUUGUACACGCAAAUCUCUUUUUCAGCAACAACACCGUUCUGUUGUGAAACCUUUGUUGGCUUCAGGUGUGCACUGUGAGCUUGUUUAUUCCACAAUGGGUGUACACAUUUGAGAACUGUGGUUGUGUUACAACAGACAUGAACAACAAAAAAACACCCCAUAUGAUUACACCCCCCUAAAGACACGAUAACAUGAAACUUUUUUUUUUAUCUACUGGAAAAGCUUAUGUAGUUUAGACUCCAUGGGCCAGAAAAAA